AUGCGUCUAUCAAUCAUCGCUGCCGCUCUUCCCCUGGCCAUUGCGGCUCCGGUCGUUGAGCCUGCUCCUCUCAUCGAGGCCCGCGGGCAGACUAUUGCCGGCAAGUACAUUGUCAAGCUCAAGGACACCGCGACCAUUGGUAUCAUGGAUGCUGCAUCCAAGGUGCCCAACACCGAACACGUCUAUGAAAAUGUCCUCAAGGGAUUCUCGGCCACCCUCAACCAAGAACAACUUGACCGUCUCCGCCACGACCCUGAUGUCGAGUCCAUCGAGCAGGAUGCCAUUGUUAGCAUCAACGCCAUUGUCCGGCAACCCGGAGCUCCCUGGGGUCUAGGUCGCAUCUCGCACAGGGCACGAGGCGCGACCACGUAUGACUACGACUCGAGCGCCGGCGCGGGUACAUGCGUAUAUGUCAUUGACACUGGCGUCUAUGACUCUCACCCUGAGUUUGAAGGACGUGCCAAGCAAAUCAAAACCUUUGUCAGUGGCACUACAGAUGGUCACGGCCACGGCACACACUGCGCCGGAACUAUUGGCUCCAAGACUUACGGCGUAGCGAAGAAGGCGUCCAUUUUUGGCGUCAAGGUGCUCGAAGACAGUGGCUCGGGUUCGCUCAGCGGCGUCAUUGCCGGAAUGGACUUUGUCGCUACGGACCGGAAAUCCCGUCCAUGCAGCAAAGGCACCGUCGCCAGCAUGUCCCUUGGCGGUGGCUACUCGGCCACCGUGAACCAGGCCGCCGCGCGUCUGCAGGCUUCGGGCGUUUUUGUCGCCGUCGCCGCCGGCAACGACAAUAGGGAUGCCGCCCAGACCUCGCCCGCCUCGGAGCCGUCCGUCUGCACCGUCGGAGCUACCGACUCGUCUGACCGCCGCUCCACCUUCUCCAACUUUGGAAAAGCUGUCGACAUUUUCGCACCUGGCACUGGCAUUCUGUCGACCUGGAAUAAUGGCGGCACUAAUACCAUCUCGGGCACUUCGAUGGCCACUCCCCACAUUGCCGGUCUCGGUGCCUACCUUUUGGCUCUCGGCAAAGGCACUGCCGGCAACCUCUGCCAAACUAUCCAGACUCUCUCCACCAAGAAUGUCCUUACUGGCGUUCCUUCAGGCACCGUCAACUACCUGGCAUUUAACGGCGCCACCUAA